AUGGAUGAAGUGGCUCAGAUGGCUGUAGCGGCGGCGCUUUGCCUGACGGCGAUCCUCUUGGGCCUGUGUCCAGGCGGCCUGGCGGGCGUCAUCCCUGUGGAGGAGCCUCUGGACGCCGCCCUGACCUCCGACGUCUCCGUCCCCGGCCAGCGUCUCUCGAGGGAAUACUUCGACGGGAACGCCCGAGGAUCGAACGAAAUCGAGGAAGACGAAGCGGUGCCCGGGAGGGAGCCCGAGAAGGACGGCCGAUCCCUGCCCGACCGAAACUCUCUGCGGGAGGGACGUGGCGGCGCGAAUCCUGAGGAGGAGUCGAGAGAAGAACGCCGAAUUCCCCUGGACAGCGGUUUAUCAGCGUCAGAGAUAUCUGCCCUGAAUGGCGAGAUAAAAAAGCAAGUCAAUGGUGAGCUGAAUAAAGCUGAAGCUCUGUUACAUUUGGCUGAGGAACUGGGAGAGCCUCGAACCGUAGCAGAGGGAGAGGAAUCACUAAAUGAUUUGAUUGACAGCGCCAAGGAGCCAUCGCAUGCCAUGCGCAAGCGAAUGGCAUGUGAUGCGGAAGAGGAAGUUGUAGAGGAUGAUAUGGAUAGUUUUACUUUGCCAUUAAAAGAGAAACUAAGUAAAGCACAGGAAGAAUUAGAGGACCUGUUUGCAAAAGUUAAGGUUAGCAAAAGAAGUGAAGAAAAGGGAAUUUUAGAAGAACUAAAAGAUAAGCCUGCCAGGAUAGAAGAGCGUGAAGCUUUCGAGGAACGGCUUUCAGAAGAUGAACUGAAGGUAAUAGAUGAUAUAGAAGAUUUUUUAGAAGAUUUGCCCCCAAAUGCUGAAAUGAGGAAACGAGAUGUAGUGAAGAAAGUUCUAGACAAAACCGCGAAAAUAAAUGUUGCAGAUAAACUUGUAAAAGAUGAACUCGCCCUAAUCAACGAGGUAGAGGAAGUUGCAGAAGAAUUGCUCCCAAGAGAUGUCAAAGGAAGAAAUGGUGCACAAGGAGUUUUAGAGGAACUGCUUGUAAAUAACAAAAUAGUAAACAAAGCAGAUGAAAGGGAAGGCAAUGAAGUCCUGCGAGAACUGUUCCCCAUUGACAAACUCACCAAAAUAAGCGAAGCAGAGGAGCUUUUAGAAGAAUUGAUUCCAAAAAGCAAACCAGUCAAAAGAUCUCUUAAUAAAGGCGAGGAUAAAUUGUCCGAAGAGGAGGCAGUGGGAGCACUAGAAGAUGCCCUGCUUUCGGAGCCAUCGGAAGGAGAGGGGCUGUUUAAAAGAAGCUCAAGUAAUGAUGAAGGCUUGGAAGAUGAAUGGAAGAUGAAUCAAGAGAAUUCAGCGGCAGACGAGUUGGCAGAAGUUCUCGGGUUAUCAACAAAGGACAGACAUAAGCGUAAGGCAGAGGAACAGAUGCCGACAGACCUAGAUUUGUUGAAAGUGAAGAGGAUGUCAAGAGCAACCGACAGAGCGUCGUCUGGGAAAUCGAUGAUAAAGGACCUAAUAGAUGAUAUUCAUCGGCAAACAGACAAUGCUGCAGACCUUCCAGACGUUAAGAUAAUAGAGACCGUGCUGGCACUCUCUGAUCUGACAAAGCCGGAAGAGGGUCGACAAAAGAGAGUCCUUGGAACAAUUCCAAAACCAAGAGCGAUUAGUCUAGAUUCAGAAGAACGUGACGCCUUGGAAGAGGAAGAGCCUGAAGGGCGCCGCCGGACCAGAUCAAGCGCAGAGAAGCAGAGCGCCCGAGAGCCGGGUUCCCGCGCCCUCGAAGACGAUUCUUCGCCCCCGGAACAAGGCAGUGAAGCGGGAACUCGCCGAAGGAGGAGUGUGUCUAAGGCUGAUCGUCUGAGUCGGUUUUCCAAAUACGAGAGAGGAGCUACAAAAGAACCCGAAGACGAAGUCCCGAGAAACCAACGUGCACACAAAUUUGAUCCCUACCUUUUGGAAAAUAACCUAGAUUUGGAUCCAGCGGACACGGGCAUGCAGUUAUCAGACGGGAAUCUCCAAGAGCAAACAAAAGAUAUCAACGGCGAGAGGCUCAAAUCGGCGAAAAUGUUGGGCGAUGUUGACCUCCAAGAAGGCGAAGAAGAAAUGCUCCUCCCUAAACCGGCGAAGAGCGGCGAAGUGAGCAAACUCAGAAGGGCGCGUCAACUCAUGGAGGGGGAAUACGAGUCCGAGCCACCGGUGCCACAGUACGUUCAGGACUACAACGUUGCGCCCACAUACCAGCCAGGCCCCGAAUCCGGCCAGGCAGCGCCAGAAUCCGGCCAGGCAGCGCCCGAAUCCGCCCAGGUAGCACCCGAAUCCGGCCAGGCAGCUCCCGAAUCCGUCCAGGUAGCACCCGAAUCCGUCCAGGCAGCGCCCGAAUCCGGCCAGGCAGCGCCCGAAUCCGGCCAGGCAGCGGACUCGUUCUGGUACGGAGUCCCUCCUGACGACGAGCUCAAGGAAGUGGCAGGAGCCAACGCGAGGGAGAAUCACACCACACAAGCAGAAAGCAAACAAAACGAGAAGAAGAAAGAGCAAAAUUCGCCGAAAGCGGCAAAACCCGACAAGGACGAGAAGAAAAAGGACGGAGACAGAACCUCGAAAGCCGUGAAAAAAUCGAAAGCCAGCGACAAAAAACGAGAGGCCAGGCGUGCCGAGAAUGAACAGUAA